AUGUCGUCGACCUUCUUUACUGGCAAAUGGCAAUCAACAGAGCGCGUCGCCUUGGUGGACCAAUCGGCCGCGGAGCACCCAAAACCCAUGACUGAGAUAAACACUAACCUCGUUACACCGAUUUCAAGUACGUUUUGGGUUGAAGGCGCCCUCGAGCUAUGUGAGCUCACCUGCGAACCCUCCUACGUCCUCACCGAUGAGAUCGGUGGAACCCCAUACUCCGCAUCUUUUCGAUGGCUUGUUCAAAUGCUACAGGGCGAAGGGCCAUUCUGGUCUCUAAAACCCCCCAAAAUCAACGGCUACGACUUCUCCAGCCCACAGGGCGUGAUUGGGAAUCGACCACGGCUUUUGGUCCGGAAGGACUAUGUCCAACAUCCAGGAUCAGAUCCCCGAAUAUUGGCGCAGCAGAGCAUCUACACUUAUUUGCUCAGAGACUUGAGGUCCGGGUGA